AUGAGGGUUUUGCGCCAAUGUGAAAUAUUUCUGCCGACUGCUGGGAGCACCAGUUUAAAGCUUCGUCUUCUAUCUUGUAGAGUUGAGCAUGAAGGCAUACAAUCUGAUCCAAUUGAACUAAGUCAGUUUGUUGGUUAUGUGAAGAAAAACAAACUUCAGUCAGAGAGCUUCUUUAUUGGAUCAAAUCAAUAUCUUGUCACCUCAAUUCACGAGAGUUGGUUUGCUGCUAGGUGCAUGAACACAUCAAAACCUGCUGGUGAAGGUGCUAUUGUGAUGCAGACGGCAGCAUUCCUCUUGGUUGGACUAUAUGAGGGCUCUAUUGGAUCAGCAUCUCGUGCAAUGGUAGCUCUCGAUCAAUUUGCAUGGCAAUUAGGCCGAAGAAACCUUUAAUGUCAUUGCAUCAAGGUAAUAUGGACAAAUCAUUACACUUGAAAGAAAGAUAGCUCAACUACGUUAGGGAUGGAGGGCCGACAUUAAUGAUCAGUGAACGUCUAAUUUCGAAAGAAGCAUAGUUGUUGCCAAAGAAAAUAACUAACUUUGGAAAAUUGCAAAGUGAACGUUCCUAUGUGUAUUAUUAAGUGUAGUGUCGGACAAAGACAACUGCAAGGCCAUUGACAACUUCAUACUGAUGGAAAUAUUGGCGGAGAGAACUUGCAUUCGUCUAAUUUUUUAUAAUGAUAUUCUUGAGCUUAGUGUUCUUUCUAGGGGACAGUUCCUCUUACCAAUAAAUUUGAUAAAUAAUCAUA